UAUUUUAGUAAACAAUUAUAUGGUUUCAUUUCAAAGGUUAAGUUUUAAUGUUUUAAAACUUUCCUCUGACAACUCCUGAUAGUUUUUUAUGUUUUCUAAACUCUAAGUGUUUAGAAACGCUAACAUGUUGUACAUAUGUGUAACUACUGUAUGUAGUUGUAAAUAAUUGUCUCAGAGCUGAAUCCUCUUUGGUUCUGAUUGGUCCAUUCAGAGAGAAACCAGCCGCUGAGCUGCAGUAGCGUCGAGGUCCAGUUCUCCCAGUGCAGUAGUUCAAUCAGCCACUAGAGGGCGCCGGACGACUCCAGCUCCUCGUGGUUCUUCUUCAGCUGAUUUUCUGCAGGUUUUCUGCUUUCUUGGGUUGAUAAACAGGAAGUCUGAGGAUGGCAGCUUCACCUUCAUCGUCCUCCUUUUCCUCAGCUGCAGCAUCAGUGAUCCUAGAGGUCCAGUUCAUCUCCUGCUGAUGCUUCCAGUUCUUCUGGGUUUCUGCUGCUCAGCUUCUGAUCUGCUUCACUGACAGCUUCAACUUUUCUGUCUGGACCAACAGAUGAUUGAUUUGCUGCUGGAAACGGUGAUGGUGCAGCAGAUCCUGCAGGGGGCGCUCUGGGGCCUCAGUGUUCAGGGGGAGGAGCCUAAGGUGUUGGUGGUUUCAAACAGACCUGGAGCUCAGGGUCUGAAGAGAGCAGCGCUGGCCGGCAUCCAGACCAGGGUUGUGGAUCACAAGCUGUAUGGCAGCAGAGCUGAGUUUGAUGCCACCAUUGACCUUCUCCUUAAAGAGUUUGGAGUGGAACUGGUCUGCCUUGCUGGUUUCAUGAGGAUCCUGACUGGGAUCUUUGUGAAAAAAUGGCAUGGGAGGCUCCUCAACAUUCAUCCCUCCCUGCUGCCUUCAUUCAAAGGGGUCAAUGCCCAGCAACAGGCUCUCCAGGCCAGAGUGCUGAUAACUGGGUGCACCGUCCACUUUGUAGCUGAAGAGGUUGAUGCAGGCGCCGUCGUGGUCCAGGAAGCCGUUCCGGUGUUGGUUGGAGACACAGAGGAAAGUCUGUCAGCCAGAAUCAGGGAGGCUGAGCACAAAGCGUUCCCUAAAGCUCUGGAGCUGGUGGCCAGUGGAGCGGUGCAACUGGGACCAGAUGGAAACAUAGUCUGGAAGCAAAAGCGUUGAAAUGUCUCUACUAAUGCAUGUCUGACUAAUGAUCAGAAACCAUAGUUUACAAUAAAGUACAUCACUGUCAAUUGUA